GCAGCCACCAUGGCCGGGGGGUGGCGGGGGACGAGGUCCCCCCGCCAGAGAUGAUCCCGUUCCCUGCGGAGCGCCUGGCCCUGCGCUGGGAGCGGGUGUUUUCCGUCGGGGCCGGCCUGCAGAACCUGGGGAACACUUGCUUCCUGAACGCCACGCUGCAGUGCCUGGCUUACACCCCUCCGCUGGCCGCCUUCCUGCUCUCCAAGGAGCACAGUCGCAGCUGCCGCAGGGAGGAGUUCUGCAUGCUGUGCCUGCUGGAGGACCACACCGUCCAGCUCUUCGCCAACAGCGGCAACACCAUCAAGCCCAUGGCCGUCAUCCGGCACCUGAACGAGAUCGCCCAGCACAUGAGGUUCGGCCGCCAGGAGGACGCGCAUGAGUUCCUGCGUUACAGCAUCGACGCCAUGCAGAAGGCGUGUCUGAGCGGCCAGCCCAG